GGCACAAUUGCCGUUGGGCAAGUCCAGUCCAUCUUCAGCCUUGUCAAUCCAGCACGGGCAACCUCACACUUUCAACUUCUCAACUCCUUACAGAAAGACUUUGUCCAACUCGAGCAUACCACCACUCUGCUAGGCUAGAGGGUAGCUCGCUCCAUACCUCUGUGUCACCGAACAUUCCAUGCAUAACAAAGAUCUACAAUUUCGACACGAGUCUCUUCGUUCCUGAUUUCUCGCAGCCAGUCACUCAGACUGCAACCACCCUGUCUGUUCGGUCAUGAUGUUGACGGACACUCUGGACCAGUUCACAAUAGAACAAGACAUCUAUCACAUCAACGAAUAGACUCGCGCCUCGCUACCUCCACCAAAGCCGCGGUGUCACCAACAUGGGUGCCCUCGACACUUUGUGUUGUUGGUAACAGCCCCCUCCCCUUCCCCUUUGCGCAUUCACACCUCUUCAAUAACGUUUCCACUAACCUUGAGCAGGAUUUCUAUUCUGACUGCUGCUGCUCUAACAGCAUUGGUACCCAAAUCUACAGCACAUGAUAGACCAAUCCAUAUUCUGGUCGUGGCCUCGCUAGCCUGCGCAUUUGCUCUUCCAACCAUCCACCGGCUACUGCCAAAUCUUUUCCGUCCAUCCAGGUUCAAGCAAAAAGGAGGCUACAACUCAAUACCCCUCGCAUCCGUUGGAAACUUCAAAGCAUCCACCACCUUUGACUCCGACACGACUUCAACGACUCAGAAUCCCAAGGCUGCAAAGGUCCGCAUAACCGUCCUCGCUGCUUUGGCCGCAGUACUCUCACUGCGCUUAGAAGUGUACCGGCGCAUCACAAAGGCCACCGAGUGUACCAUCACAAGUGUCGAGGUCUUCUUACCUUUCCUCCUCGCAGCCUACGACGCGCUCCGAUCACAGAAGAACGUGGCUCUAGAUCGCGACUCCGGCCCAGACGCAACCAUCUACCAGUCUCUUCGACACAACGUGGCCUCGUCGGUCGUUGCUCCAAGGUUUCGAUAUUUGCUACCUGUCUUCUUGAUCUGCUGUGGCUGUUAUCUGGUCCAGAGUCUGUGGGCUUCCUUAAAUUCGACAUACAUCUGCCCCAUCACCACCGGAGAACAGCACAGCAUCCCUGCCUUGCAGCUGCUCGCCCUUUUCCUCGAUGUUGCAGCAACCAUCAUCGCUUAUGAAACCUCACCAAAUUCCGAUGGCACGCACCUCUCUCCAAGACGUUACAUGGUUCUCUGGAGCUCUGCUUUUCUAUCCACCUCGGUAAUAUGGCUCAUCGUCGGAUGCAUCCUCUACGUUUUCAAGCCGGAGUUACGCACAUGGUUGUUUUUGAUCUUUCCGCCAAUAGACGUUAGCACCAUCCUGGCAGCUGGAUUACAUACCUUUUUAUUCUGCAUACUUAUCAUCUCGACAUUACACAGUGUCAUCGUGUAUGGCCUGCUAGACAUGUAUAUCCACUUGACUCUUGCCAUAAUCAUGGUCCCAGUGAGCGAAUUCAUCUGGUCUCAUAAAUAUCCGUUUCCUCCUACCUCAAAGACCACUUCCACGAUAGCCUUUGCUCUAGCAUACCUAGGCUGGUACUUUCACCGUCAUAUCCAACAGUCUUUGGGCGAAAAGGAGCCUUUGCGUCGCUCCAGAUUUCUCCUCGCAUCCGUCGCGCUCUUCCUGCUGCUACUACCGACCUGGCGCGUCCAGGACUUCAUUCACUAUCACCCCAUCGACAUGCUGAUAUACGACGCUCAAAUUUGCCAUAACAAAUAUCUCCAAUCAGUCGGCAACACCACCUCUCUCGAGGAGACAGUAGCCCGGUACCAGAAGAGGUACAAUCGACUCCCUCCUCCAGGCUUCGACCUCUGGUUCGAAUACGCCAAGAAGAGAUCGGCCUUCAUUGUGGAUGAAUUUGACCAGAUUCACCAGGAUCUUGAACCCUUUUGGAAGAUUCCUCCGCAUGUCCUCCGAAAAGACACUUGGAUAAUGGUCUCUAACCCAUGGAAUGAAAUCUCUGGCAUUUCAAUACGACAAGGACAGGCAUCCGUGCUACCAAAUGUCCUACCCACUCACAAAUGGAUGCUUGACGGGGUGGCCGUCCUCAUCAACAAAUUUGCAGAGCAUCUCCCCGACAUGGAUCUUGCUUUUAAUCUGAACGAUGAGGCUAGAGUCGCCGUUCCGUAUGGCGACCUCGAAGCACCCCAUCAGAAGAAUCAGCCACCCGUGGAGACAGCACCCAAUUAUUGGUACCCUGUUGCUAAAGAUCCAAUCGGGGAUACUGUCUUCAAAGACAUGUCAUUUCGAAACACCUUUCGCGAAUUCGGCUCUGUCGGAUGCCCGCCCUCCUCGUAUGCGAGAAGUCACCCGCAUAUCUCAUCGAGAUCUCACAUCUGCCAUGAAUGCACUGCGCCACACUCUCUAGGACAAUUUCUUGCCAAUUGGACAGGUGCUGCCGACAUCUGCCACCAACCAGAUCUUGCAUAUUUGAAUGGGUUUUACCUUAGUCCAGCGGCUUUCAAGACCUCGCAUCAACUAAUGCCGGUAUUUUCCCAGUCAAAACCACAUGGCUACAACGAUAUUUUGUAUCCUUCUGCUUGGAACUAUAUGGACAAGGUCAAAUAUUCUCCGAGCGCGGAUACGGGAAAGCCGGGCGAACCGGAUUUCAAACCAGGGUACCCAGAUGUCCCUUUCAAGGACAAACAAAAUGUUCUGUUCUGGCGUGGCGCGACGUCGGAGGGAGUUUCUUCGGGCGACCAUUCUUGGAGAGGCAUGACUCGCCAACGCCUGGUACACAUGGCAAACAAUCUCACUACAUCGGCCCAUGAUUACAUCACUAUUCUCCUCCCACACUUUGACGACUAUAAAAAGUACAAAUAUGUCACACUUCCAGGAACAUCCCCUCAGACUCUAGGGUUGAAGACAGAUAUCGCGAUUGUGGAUCGCAUUGCUCGAUGUGGCGGAAUAGGUCUCUAUGACUGUACCGAUCAAGAAAAAGAGUUUGGACUGGUCGGGCCAUCAAACUUUCAGGCUCAUUGGCAGUACAAGUUCCUCUUUGAUCUCGAUGGAGCAGGUUUCAGUGGUCGGUUCCUGGCAUUCCUCGAGUCUCAUUCCCUACCCUUCAAGACGGCUCUGUUUCGAGAAUGGUACGACUCACGAAUCAGGGCGUGGCAUCAUUUUGUGCCCCAAGACCCGCGACUACAUGGUGUAUGGAGCACACUUGCGUACUUUGCUGGUGUUAAUGGGACGUUGUAUGGCGACAAAAUCUGGUGGAAGGCACACGAAGCGGAGGCGGAGCGGAUCGCCGAGCAGGGACGUGACUGGGUCAACAAGGCCAUACGAAAAGAGGACAUGGAAAUUUACUUUUUCAGGCUAUUGCUCGAGUGGGCUAGGAUAACCAACGAUUCGCGAGACAAGUUGGGCUUCACCGCCUAACUGUAGUCUGAACCUGUGUAUUAAGCAGGAAAGGCCAAUUUUGGGGACGCAAGCCCCUGUACCAUAUAUCCUGCUAGUCAGGAACACGUUUGUUGCGAGGGAUAUGUAUAUACUUUUAUUCUCCCUGAUGAAAUAAUGUUGUUGGACGAGUUGGCAUGACGCUUCAAGCGUGGUUAGUCAUGAAAGGUGUUUGUGGUCUCAGGACAAUUGCCAGCGUCCAUGGCUACAUCAAUAAUU